GCGAUCGCGACGCCCGCGCCGUACUCGAGCGACGGGCCGACGCUGCCGAUGAUUGGGGGCGGGAGCGAGCAUACUGCGGGCGCUCCGGGGGACGGGAAGCCCGAGAGGGCGAGGAAAAAGCGGAAGACGGAGGAUGGCGGGAAUGGUGCUGCGCAGGCCGCGCCGAAGACCGAUCUCGCACCGCUGUAUAAGCCGUGGAUGCUUCUCCCGCCUGAGCUGCUGAAGAUGGUGGAAGGGAAGCUCGGGGGGAGGGAGUGCUGGGAGCGCAACUGCGUGCCGGUUGUUUUUACGCGGAAUCAGAAUGUCAAGGCUGGAGUUAAUCGGCUUAAGGCGUAUCUUGGAUACGAGCGGAUACCUGGUUCGGCGGUUGAGAUACCGGAAGCGUUAGGCAAGGAUAGCGCGGUCAUUGCGGUGUCGGCGCAGGGAGAAGCGACGACGAAAUUGGUGGGGAUUGUGGAGUUGGUGAGGAGGAUUGUUGCGCCGGGUGGGGAGGAGGAGGGAGGAGGCGUGGUGGAGACGUGGUAUUUGUAUACGUGUCUCGCGAGUCGGACGGUUGAGGGGAAGAGGGAGGGUAGGAAUGAUGGUGCGCGGGCUGGAGGGAACGAGGGAGAGAACGUAGGUAACGCGGUUGAGGAUGAAGGGUUCGAGACGCGGCGGGUAGAGAGUGGCGGCGAGAAGGAGGGGGUGAAGAGCAGGAAGAUCCCUGUGCUUACGGUGUGGAUGAGCAGAAAGAGUGUGCCCGAGUUCAAAAACGCGUUUGGGGAGCAAGUAUUCAGGGUUCAGAAGGUGCAAGAAGACGACUGA